UUUGCUGACUAUCGAAAGUUUAUGGAUCGAGGCAAUGUCAUCGACUUGGCUGUAGCCGUUGUUAUUGGUGCUGCUUUCACUGCAAUUGUCACCAGUUUGGUUGCCGAUAUCAUUACCCCAGUGUUGGCUUUAGCCUCUGGCAAAAACUUGGAGGAGAAUUUCGUCAUUCUUCGGAAAAGUGAUAAUGCCACAGCGGAAUAUGUAAGUUAUCCUACCACCAGGCAAGCCGCGAAGGAUGCAGGAAACAUUACUUGGAACUGGGGAAAUUUCCUUCAAACAGUGAUCAACUUCUUCAUUGUUUCUGCAUGCGUGUUUCUGCUUGUCAAAUUGUAUGAGGUUGCUCGUAACAAAAAGACGGAGGUUUCAGAGAAAAAGUGCGAAUAUUGUUUGAAAAGCAUUCCUUUGGAUGCUGUACGUUGUCCAAACUGUACGACCUGGCUCGAUUGGGAUGCAUGCGCCAAGGCUGCAAAUAUGGAGCGUAUAGCUGCGUCAAGCUUUUCAGGCAUGUCAAUGCCCAUGUCAAUGCCCAUACCCAUGCCCAUGCCCAUGCCCAUGCCCACACCCAUGUCUAUGCCCAUACCCAUGUCUAAUACAAAUGUGGACACACCUUUAGAUUGA